CCGUCCGCAUUGCUGAGCAUCGGCCUGCCCUAUUCCGCGAGCUUUCCGUUUCCCCUUUACUUUAUAAUCAUCCAUCCACUUAUCAUCUAUUUGGAGCACCUCCUCCUUCUCGCAAAUCAUGGCAUGGCCAUUUCAAGGCAUGCCGACCGACGCACUGUGCGGUUGAUAAAGCAUCGACCGCCCAAAGUGACAUAAGGAUCACUGACACGCGAUUGAUCCAAAUAAAAAAUACCUUGGGCUAUCAAAAAUUUAUUAUAUGCUAGUGUCUCCCUCGUUGUCAACGAGAAGUCCCGAGGCCUUGAUUUCAUUUACCAUCCAAAACGUUGGCAGUAUCUUGGAAUGCUCAAAACAAAGGCGAAGUCGACAUGAAUUGUUGCCACACUUGGCUCACUUUGUGCGAGAAACAUACUUUAAAUGCCAGCUCUCACCCACCGUCUUGAUUGUCGCUCUGAUCUACCUGGAACGUCUCAAAACCAGUUUACCAGUACAAGCUCGAGGAGACUUUGACACCCCGUACAAAAUCUUUUUGGCUGCCAUUGUCAUCGCCUCUAAAUAUACAGAAGAUUAUAGCUUACAAGCGACAGUCAUUAGAGCCACCAUUGCCCCAGUAUUUUCAGCUAGAGAAAUGAACGAAAUGGAACGAAGUUUUCUAGGACUCAUCAAAUUCAACCUUCAUGUUGAUCUCGCUCAGGUGGAGCGAUUUGUACAACAGCAUGGUGCACAGCUUGAGCUGGAACUCGGCCUCUGAACACGAAAGUGCGAUUUUCACAAUUUUCUAUGUACAUUUUUUUUUUGCUAUCCCCACCACCACCCACAACAACACGGUCAUGAUUUACUCACACACACACACACAAGCCCGACCAGGAUGUUGGAUUGAAUUGAGCCUGUCAUCAUUUGGCCUUUUACCCUACACUACCUUUCUUGAUGUAUCAUAAAUUUCCUUCAUACUA